AUAAUGGAAUCACGUGAAGACAUAACAAAGCAGAAUAAACGGUGCUGAUGUGAUUAACUCCGGGAACCGAAUGAGCGAUUACCGUCUAUUGUGAAGUAUCCUGUAUUAGUAAGAACUAGCGCGUGGAAUGUAGGUUGUGUUUACUGAAGAGUCGCUCAAGUGUUCCGGUAGUAAGUUACUUUGUAUCAAGGAUGUAGCCAACUGCUUUUUUACCAAGGCCUUGUACGCAACACCUACAAUAUUCUUUCCAGGAGACUGUUGGAUUUGGAUUGUAUAAGGCUGUUGUUGCUCAGAUGUGCCCAGACAUUACGGACAAGAUGGACGCUACAGUUUCUGGAGGCUUACAGUACAAUAACAGAGUGUUGUUUGAACACCGAUAUCCGUGUUUACGGAGGGGAUACCUGCAUUCUCUGACUUCACAGUAAGAAGGCCUGUUGUUCAUUCACAUAUCAUAUCUGUUUAUUAGGCUAUUGGACAGCGCGACGAAGAAGAAAUAGGAAUUCGGUUCAAAUAUUGUUUAUUCCAAAUCAGAGUUAUGCUGCCAUUUCAUUUGUAGGCUUCCCCAUGGAAUAAAGGGUGUAUGUUUAGUAUAGCCUUCAACCCCUUAAUACUGUAUUGUCACAAAGCCGUCCGUUCCAGACGGUGAUUAGCAGAAUGACUGAUCCAAGCAGCAACACGGACUUUAUGGCUGGCUACUCCGGUAUCACCAGACCAAAUGUAGCUGGCAGUGGGUUACCUCAUCGGACGGUGCUGAACUCUCCCCCUCCUCCAGGCAGACUGACGUCCCUGCGGUCCCGAGACCUGACUCUGGGCGGGUUCAAAAAGAAAACCUUCGUACCCAAUGUCCAUUCUCUGAGGAAGAGUAAAGAUGAGUUAAAGGAAGAGGCCCAUGUUGCACCAAAGAAGGACAGAAGAGUGAGGGAGGAGAGGCCCAAGGAGAGAAGAGAGCGCACCCCUCAGAUCAUUCAGUCCCACUCCAUCUUUGAACAGGGUCCUGCAGACACAGUAAAGAAACCAGGGGGGUGGAGAGGGACCGACCUGACAGACAGCAGAUCCUCUCCUGUAGCUAAGUGUUUUAAGAAGGAGAGACGUGCCUCAGAGGAAAAUGAUAUGUUACACAAGCUUCAACGGGAUGAUUUUUUGGAUGAUCCUGGUUUGAAAAAUGAUGCCAAGAACAAGCCAAUUCAACUGCCACUGUAUCAAUCUAGCAACUUCCUGACUACAGAAGCAACAACUCCAUCAUUCAGAGCCCCUGCUACUACUAACCCAAACCUGCCCCUUCAGUAUGGAGCAGGACAUCAGUACGGACCAGGCCAGAUCCCUCAGUACGGACCAGGCCAGAUCCCGCAGUACGGACCAGGCCCGAUCCCUCAGUACGGACCAGGCCAGAUCCCUCAGUAUAGACCAGACCAGAUCCCUCAGUACGGACCAGGCCAGAUCCCUCAGUAUAGACCAGACCAGAUCCCUCAGUACGGACCAGACCAGAUCCCUCAGUACGGACCAGGCCAGGGGGUCCUGUGCCCUGACCAGAUCCCUCAGUACGGACCAGACCAGAUCCCUCAGUACAGACCAGGCCAGGGGGUCCUGUGCCCUGACCAGAUCCCUCAGUACGGACCAGACCAGAUCCCUCAGUAUAGACCAGACCAGAUCCCUCAGUACGGACCAGGCCAGAUCCCUCAGUAUAGACCAGGCCAGGGGGUCCUGAGCCCUGACCAGCCCUCUGUAGCAGAGCUCUUCCACCAGCUGAUGGUUUCAGAGACAGAAGAGUUGCUGUUCAUCCAGCUACCUGAUACUAUCCCUGGCCAGCCAACCACAGCCUCCGUCCAAAGCCAGCCAGCCACAGCCACCAGCCAGCCAAUCACAGCCCCAGAAAGAAAUGGUAAAAAAGACUCCAAGUCCGACGGCAAGCGCACCUCUCACAUUAAAGCACCAGACACUGCUGGUAAAGACGUUCCUGUCCUGUCAGAGUUCACAGAGGGGUUUCUGGGUAAACUACAGAUCAGGAAGUCUGGCAAGGUGCAGCUGGUGCUGGGAGACAUAACUAUGGACGUCUCAGAGGGAGCUGCCUUCUCUUUCCUACAGCAACUGGUGUCUGUGCGUCUGUCUGAGGGCCUGACUGGAGACAUGAGUAUCCUGGGGAACGUCAAGCACAAGCUGGUCUGCUCUCCAGACUUCCAGGCUCUGCUACAGGAGCCAUCACCUGACCACUCGGCACAUCUCUAACUUAUAUUCAGUUCACCUUUUUCAGCAUUAACUGUGUAGACAUUGUACAGUUUUAUCACACGAUGUGAGGAUUAACUGUGUAGACAUUGUACAGUUUUAUCACACGAUGUGAGGAUUAACUGUGUAGAUAUCGUAGUUUUAUCACACGAUGUGAGGAUUAACUGUGUAGAUAUCGUAGUUUUAUCACACGAUGUGAGGAUUAACUGUGUAGAUAUCGUAGUUUUAUCACACGAUGUGAGGAUUAACUGUGUAGAUAUCGUAGUUUUAUCACACGAUGUGAGGAUUAACUGUGUAGAUAUCGUAGUUUUAU